GAGUAAAUAAGAGGAGAAACAAGAUGUAAAUAAUGAUAAAACCGAAAGUUAAAUAAAUGCAGAAAAAGCAAAUGCCUAUUAUUGGAAAGGUAUUUGAUCUUAUUUUUAUAAUAAGGAAAUGCCUUACAAAAAUUCGGAAUGUAUUAUGAAUCCAUAGAAGCCUACUCUGAAGCAAUUGAGAUUGAACCAACAAAUGCUAAGGCAUAUAAUGGCAAAGGUGAAUUUUAAAAUCUAUCAAAAGGAUUUGUUUUAUAUUUAUUAGGUUUAUAUGAUUAAGCUAUAGAGUAAUACUCAAAAGCUAUUGAAAUUGAUCCAUAAUUUUCUUUGCCUUAUAACAAUAGAGGCAAUUAUUAAUAACUAUAAUAUAGGAUUAAUAUAUUAUAUAUUACUUUAGUAUGAUAGAGCUGUUGAGGAAUACUCAAAAGCAAUUUCGAUUGAUCCAUAAGAUUUUAUAUCGUAUUACAAUAGAGGUGAAUAUUCUAACUAUUGAAUAGCUAUUGCCUAUCAUUAUUUAAAGAAUUAUGAUGAGGCUAUAAAAGGUUUCUCAUAUGUAAUUUAGAUUAACCCAAAUUAUGCAAUGGCAUAUUUCAAUAGAGGUAAUAGUAUAUAUAAUAGAAUUAGGAAAUACUUAUUUAGAAUUAGAUCUAAUUGAUGACGCUAUUGAGGAUUUUAAUACAGCAAUUAAGAUGGACCCAUAAAUAACUCUUCCAAAAAAUCUAGGUUAUUCAUUAUCUUAUUGUUUAGAAAAAAUUGCUUAGACCAAUAAUAUAUACUCUGAGGCACUAGGUUAUUUCUAGAAGGCCAUUGAACAAAAUCCAUAACAUGCCAAGGCUUAUAACAACAAAGGUAAUAAUAUAUAUCUUAUCAACAGGAUUUGUUUAAUAACACUUGAAAAAAUAUGAUGAUGCUAUAAAAGAUUUCUCAGAUGCGAUUAAGAUUGACCCAAAAUUAGCCACAGCAUAUAACAAUAGGGGUGAAGAUUAUUAUUUUAUAGUUAGGAAAUGUUUAUUAUCAUUUAAAGAAAUAUCCUGAAGCUAUUUAGGAUUACUCAAGUGCAAUAAAGAUUGAUCCAAAAUAUGUAAAGGCAUAUAAUAAUAGAGGUAACUAACUAUUCACAAUAAAUAAUUAGGAAAUGCUUAUAUUAAAUUAAAUAGAGUUGAUGAUUGUAAUAAGGAUUACGAAUUAGCAAAUAAAAUUGACCCAGAAUAUAAGAAUAAUAAAUGUAAAUAUUAAGAAUUAAUAAAUAGGGAAUGUUUAAUACGAUUUGAGUAUGUUUAAUAUGCCAAAACAAUUCGAUUGUGAAUUUUAUUAUUAUUAUUAGAAAAAUAAAUUUAGAAAGAUAUAAAUGCAAUUGGGAUAGACACAUCAAUAACAGUAGCCAAUUAAUUAAAAGGUGAAUAUUAAUAACUUAUUAUAAGGAUUAACUUGUUGUAUGUUGAAAGAUUAUGAAAAAGCAUUGAAUAACAU